UCUGAAUAAAAAUGCACGGAAAAAAGUCUCUCCUUUUCCAGAAAGUCUCGACUCUCCUGAGGAUUCCCCUGUUCGUCCCCAAACUCAGAAAGCCCAUCAUUCCCAAGCUCCUUUUGCUGAAGAGAUUCAAGAAACGCAAGGACUUCAAGCUUCUCAUGCAUUACAACAAUGGCUUCCAUGGCGAGUAUCAGUUCUCACCUUCCAGCACUCCCCUCAUUCAAUUCCCUCGGAAAGACCGCGUUAAGAACAGAGACUACGGAGAUUUAUGCUCGUUGAUGUUUCUGGUUCGGUGUUUGGGUGAUUUCGGAGCUGAAGUUAAGGGCUUUAAUGGCGGAUUUGCAGAGAACCAGCUGGAGGAAGCUCUGUCGGUUCCCGCCAUUACAGAUGGAGAAGAGGACUUGCGUGAGCCGUUGGAUUCAGAAGACGCAGAUGAGUCGGUUGAUCUGAGAGCUGAGAGGUUCAUUGAGAGAUUCUAUCAAGAGAUGAAGAUGCAGAGGCAAGAAUCCAUUUAA